AUGCGAUGGUUGGACCGGUCUAGGUGGACUACUACCCCAUUUUAUGCCUUCGUUAUCUUCGUCAUCGCCUGUGGCACAAUCCCGAAAGGUUACGAUGAGGGUGGCUUUAGCGCAAGCGUUUUCCUUCCCUCCUUUAAAGCCGACUACAAUUUAGACUCAUCACAUUGGGAAGAUGAUGCUACGGGACUGGCGAACAGAAAAGCAAACAUAACCUCCUUCAAUGUUUUGGGCGCAGCUUUCGGCGCGUUGAGUGGCUUGGAUUUGAAUGAUCGACUAGGCCGUUUGAUUUCGUUCCGUCUGGCAUGUCUCGUGUGGGCAAUCGGGACCUUCAUCCAAAUAUUUUCAUCGGGGAUAUAUGGCUUAUUACUCUUUUCGCGUAUAUUCGCUGGGCUAGGUGCAGGCUUGCUAACUGUCGUUUCCCCUUUAUAUCUGUCAGAAGUGGCGCCACGCGCUACGCGCGGCUUGUCGGUCGGUCUUUCUAUGGUGACUUUACUUGGAUUUCUCGCAAUGGGCUUCUUUAUUAAUUAUGGCGCUACUAUUCAUAUGGCCGCCACACGAACCCAAUAUCGCCUAGUCCAAUCGAUACCAUUGAUUCCUCUCGGCAUUAUUUUCGGCCUUACGUUCUUUUGUCCAGAGACCCCUCCGUAUCUUAUCUCUAAGCAUCGUCACCAGGAAGCGAAGGAUGUUCUCGCGCGUCUUCGUGGCACAUCCAUCGACGAUAAGAUUCUUCAAGCCGAAUUUGAUGAGAUAAUCACCGAAGUUACAAAGCGAGCAGGCCUAAAAAUUAUCUCGAAAUGGCAGGCCUUCAAGGAGUCCCAGGCUAAUCCGAACUAUCGCCAGAGAUUUUGGCUAUUGAUGACCAUACAGGCCAUUGCUCAGUGGACAGGCGGAAAUGGUAUCACAUACUACGUGUCGACCAUUUUCGAGUAUGCUGGCAUGACUGGCCAAUCAACAUCCCUUAUAUCCUCCGGUGCCUAUGGAAUUGUUAAGCUAGUCUUCACCAUGGCCUUCACCUGGGGCUUAAUCGACCUAUUUGGUCGGCGUAACUGUGCUAUCACAGGUCUAUCCCUCCAACUAGCCGCCCACAUCUACAUGGGUGCUUAUAUGGGACUGCAACCCAGCUCAGCCAAUAACAAGUCUGCCUCCGACGCAGCUAUCGCCUCGGUUUUCGUGUACGCCAUCGGCUGGUCGAUUGGUCUCUGCACAAUCCCUUCAUUAUACGGCACAGAAAUAUUCCCGAUGCAUAUACGCAGCGUAUGUUACGCCGUGAGCAUGGCGCUGCAUUGGUUUUUCCAGUUUGCCGUUGUUCGUGUCACUCCCAACAUGUUCGUGUCACUGAAUGUUUGGGGUGCCUACGUCUUCUGGGCAUGUAUAUGUACGCUAGGCAUCAUUAUCCUCGGCAUCUGGAUGCCUGAGACCAAGGGUGUUCCUAUUGAACGUAUGGAUGAGCUCUUUGAUUAUCCUUGGUAUCUGAGGUGGCGCGCUCGCACUAAGGACAUCAACUCGUCUUCGGCGUCUGUCUGGACUGAAGCUGAGACUGAGACAGACUUUGGCUCUCAUGAGUCGGAGCGAAAUAAAACCAAGUCAAGCUAA